AUGCCCCAUCACGAGUCCGACACCGACAGAAGAUACAAGCCUUGUCAAGUGUUAUCUGCCCAUCAAGUCCCCUACGUCAUCUGGUUCGAAGAUACUCUUUAUCAUUUUGGCGUUCCUACAGUCAUGUUCAAUCUCUAUCUACUUGUCUCAGACCUUGAUGAGGCGGCCGAAUUACUUGUCAAGGCUGGAUGGGCUCUUGAUUCGCAAGGGCCACGUAAAAUCGGGAAUGCGAAAGUGGAACUCCCACAAAAGCGACUCGUUUCUCCGACCAGCAAGACAAUAAUUAUCCUUCUCCCGGCUGAGGAGUGGAAGUUCCCUCUGAUAGCCGACUCACCUUCUGGCGAUGCGCCGUUGACAGCGGACUCACACGAGAACGUGUCAUUCCCACCACUACCAGGCUUCCUUGAUGCACUGAUUGAGAGCUGGCUAGACUGUCCUAGUGAUGAUGCUAUGUUGCUACUUCACUUGGCCUGCCAAAUUUCCUAUCUCUAUGCCCAUGUACAUUCCCUAAAGCAGCAAUCAUUUGCCGAACAGAUGAAAUAUGAACAUCGUCAGUUUCACUUUGAUGUAUUGGCAGGAAUGGAGACGGGCACUAUCCAAUUCAGAAAGCACCAGCGUGCUAUUCGAGAUGCACUCUUACAGGGCCAGUAUGAACUACGGGAAUGUUCGGCGUCUCGUGAUAAUGAAGACCUUUUUGAUACAGGGAGAGGGGGGAUAUCCUUAUGA